AUGGCGAACAAUGGACCCAAUUGGGAUGGAUUGCUCAAAUGGAGCCUCUCCCAUUCCGAUGGAGCUUCCCCUUCUCACCGUUUGAGUGAGGAAGAUCGAAAAUGGUUCAUGGAAGCAAUGCAAGGACAUACAAUCGAUUCAAUAUCGCGUAUGAAACAGAUAUCUCAAAUCAUGAAGAUGCCUGAACAAGUCUUGGAAGCUCAAGGAGUUACAUCUGAUGACCUUGAAGGAAUGUUGGAUGAGCUGCAAGAACACGUCGAGUCUAUCGAUUUGGCCAAUGAUCUUCACUCAAUUGGAGGUUUGGUCCCUCUCAUUAGCUAUCUAAAGAACUCUAAUGCCAAGAUUCGAGCAAAAUCGGCCGAUGUUUUGACCACUGUUGUCCAAAACAAUCCAAGAAGCCAGCAGCUUGUCAUGGAAGCAAAUGGGUUCGAACCAUUACUAACCAACUUCAUUUCUGAUCCCGAAGUUAGAGUCCGGACCAAGGCACUUGGUGCUAUAUCCUCUCUUAUACGUCACAACCAACCAGGAAUCACAGCUUUCCGUCUAGCAAAUGGUUACGCCGGCUUGAAAGACGCUUUGGUCUCUGAUACCGUUAGGUUCCAAAGAAAAGCGUUGAGUUUGGUUCACUACCUUCUCCAAGAAAGCAACUCAGACUGCAGAAUCGUUAAAGAUCUUGGAUUCCCUCGUAUAAUGAUCCACCUCGCAUCAAACCAAGACCUCGAAAUCCGGGAAUUCGCACUCCGCGGUCUCCUAGAGCUCGCCCGAGAAGAAUCUGAGAGAAAUCUCGACAGAGCGGAUUUGAAUCUAAGACAGCUUCUUGAGGAGAGAACAAGAAGUAUCAUUGCCAUGUCGGACGAAGAUCUUAGUGCAGUCAGAGAAGAAAGAGAGCUAGUUGAUAUCCUGUGGACCGUUUGUUAUGACGAACCGUCCUGUCUAAGACAGAGAGGCCUCGUUUAUCUCCCCUGUGACGACGAACUGGCUCCUGAUGUGGUUAGUGACCGCUUCGAACCUCCUUUAAGAGCUUGGGCUGCAAGACGGAACGAUGAAACUAGUGAACCACCGGUUCUACUUCUUCUUGGCCCUGCUCGCUGA